AUGUCCGCCACGACGCUGUCCCGAUGCACGCUGCUCGUCCUGGUCCUCCUGUGGUGCGACGUGUCGGCGGGACCAGGCCUCGACACAAAGUUCCUCAUGGAGCUGGCCAGUCAUUUCGACACGUCGGUGCUGACGCAGUCCUGCAGGAAGGUAUUCAGCAAGUGCAAAGCCCGCAUCAUUCCUCUGGUAUUACAGCUGGAGAGUCUUCUGCAGAAGGCUCCCGGUCUUCUGGAUGUGGAGUGCGUCCAAAAAGAACUGGCCAAAGGAUUCCCGCGAUUCGACAUCGAGUGCGUCAUGAGCGACGACUACAGGGAGGCCAUGGAAUGCAUGGAGGACCCAAAGGUCUUGGAUGUACUCGGACCCAAGGUGGCCAAAGCGCUCAAACCACUUGCGACUUGCUUCAAGAACGUGCCACCACCUCCCGCUUGA